AUGGCUUAUAGUAAUAUGAACGAAACAACGUCUGCUUUGCGCUUUGCUGAUAUGGGUUCAUUACCAAAACGAAUGUUGGCACCUAUUGAAGGUUAUGAGAAAGUACCAGUUGUAACACUCGAGGAAGCUGUGAAGCCUCUUGUUAAAAUUGUACCGAAAGUUGAAAGAAAUGUAUUCGUAGUCAAACAAAACUGUCAAGAACCAGAAGAUGGUUUAAACACUGACGAAUCAGCUUCGAUUAUGCUUUACACUUAUGAAUCGAUGCCACAUGAAGAUUCCCUGUACGUGAAACUUAAUGAAACUUUACGAUCCGAACAAAGAAAAAAUUUAAUCCCAUGGUUUCUGUAUCUUCGACUCAUACUGACGGCGCUUGAUCGACUUCCAACUGAGCGUCGCAACGCUUUUCGAGGAGUCAAAGAAAAUUUAUGCGCUGAAUAUCCAAAAGGCAAGGUUUUCAUUUGGUGA